AUUCUAUCUAACUUACCUACCCAACAUUGAAGCUGCCAAGGUAGGUGGUACCCUGGGUAGCAUAUGUAACUCCAAGGUCUUGACACUUUCAACGCUUUCAACACUUUCAACACUUUCAACUCCUUCAACUCUUUUCUACCCUCCAAACACAAACACCCCAACUAUCUACUUGCACACGAUACCCAGCAAUUUAACGAUUAACAAUAUGGCGGCUGUCGCAGCUGGCGGCGGCGCCUCACGUUGGCAAUACCUGGACAGAAUUCGCAAAACGCCCGGUCCAUUUACUCCAGAGUCAGAUGUUAGUGAAGAAGCUAUCGCGACGAUGGACAAGGCCAAGAUCUUGGUAAUUGGCGCUGGUGGUCUCGGGUGUGAGAUAUUAAAGGACCUCGCUCUUUCCGGAUUUAAGGACAUACACGUAAUAGAUAUGGACACCAUCGAUAUAUCGAACCUUAACCGCCAAUUUCUCUUUCGCAAAGACGACGUCGGAAAGUUCAAGGCAGAAGUCGCCGCCAAAUUUGUCGAGAAGCGAGUCAAGGGCGUCAAGAUUACACCUCAUAACUGCCGAAUACAAGAGUUCGAUGAGGAUUUCUAUAUGCAAUUUCAGCUUGUUGUUUGCGGUCUCGACAGCAUCGAAGCACGGCGAUGGAUCAAUGCCACCCUCGUGAAUAUGGUCGACAUGAACGACCAGGACUCGUUGAAGCCAUUGAUUGAUGGUGGGACAGAAGGAUUCAAGGGACAGACCAGAGUGGUAUUCCCCACCUUGACACCUUGCAUAGAGUGUCAACUCGACCUUUAUACCCCAAGGGCAGCAGUACCGCUAUGCACCUUAGCUACCAUACCGCGUCAGCCAGAGCACUGCAUAGAAUGGGCACAUAUCAUCGCAUGGGAUCAAGAGAAACCCUUCCCAGCUCUGGAUAAGGACGAUCCUGAGCACAUCACCUGGCUGUACCAGAAAGCCCUGGCACGUGCCCAAGAAUUCGGCAUUACCGGUGUCACUUACUCGCUCACCCAGGGCGUUGUCAAGAACAUCAUUCCCGCCAUAGCAUCUACUAAUGCCAUCAUUGCCGCCAGCUGUUGCAAUGAGGCCUUAAAAAUAUCUACCUCUGCUGCCCCAGCACUUGGUUUUGAAGAGAGCUACAUGAUGUACUCUGGCGACGACAGCAUCUAUACCAACACCUUCAAAUAUGACAAGAAAGAAGAUUGUGCGGUGUGUGGCGACUUGGCUAAGCCGCUGCACGUCGAUCCCAAGUGGACUCUUAGGGAACUCCUUGACUCUUUUGCGAUCAAGCCCGAUCUACAACUCAAGAAGCCAUCCAUCAGAGCCGAGGGAAGAACUCUAUACAUGCAAUUCCCACCUAGUAUUGAGGAGCAAACACGACCAAAUCUCGAUAAGACCCUCAAGGAUGGAUUGGGCUUAGAAGUAAACCAUGAAGUCGUCAUAACGGACCCUGCUUUUCCAGCGCUGACUUUCAGAUAUCUCAUCCGUUUUACAUCAGCAUAGAAAUCGUAGCGACAUGAUACCAAACACCCAAAAGCUAUGGAGAGUGCAUGUUUAGGGAGCUAGUCAAUAUAAUGGCUUAUGGCUGUCGGCCCUCUCCUUUAGCCUGACCCAAGAACUAAAUGGCUUCUUCAAGUGACAUUUCACACAGCCUAAAUCGGCCAAGAAUCUUUUUCUACGCAGCUGUUCUAUGUGUGAGCUGACCUGAUAUUCUAGGUAGACAUUAACUGCAAAUAUUUCAGUCAAGGUCACCUUC